AUGGCUGAAUCAAUUUCAUCCUUGACUGAGCAAUGGCUCAAGUGGGAUCAGGAUCCGACCACACGCGCAGAAAUAGAACAUCUGCGAGACUCCAAUGCCGAGGAAUUGGAGAAGCGACUCAAGAAUCGGAUUGAGUUCGGAACAGCUGGCUUGCGAGGUCGCAUGGCAGCGGGGUUCUCGUGCAUGAACUCAUUGAUAGUCAUCCAAGCCUCACAGGGACUGGCCAAGUUUAUUCGAGACAAGCGUUCUGCUAUCGCUGCGAACGGUGUCGUUAUUGGACAUGAUGCGCGCCACAAUUCUGCGAAGUUCGCCACCCUCGCGGCUAACGCUUUCAUCGCGCAACGUAUCCCGGUGUGGUUCUUCAACCAGGAAGGGCCGACGCCAAUGGUAGCAUUUGGUGUGAACUAUUUUGGCGCGGCUGCAGGUAUCAUGGUGACCGCGAGCCACAACCCGCCCCAGGACAAUGGCUAUAAGGUCUACUCGAGCCUUGGGGCCCAGAUCAAUCGUCCCGAGGACGGCGAGAUCGCCCAGUCGAUCCAGGAGAACCUUGAGCCGUGGCCGACGGCAUGGGCAGAGCUGCAACCAAGCGAAUACUUGCACGCUGAUGCCUACCAGAAACUGCUGCCUCACUACAGCCGCCAAGUCGCAGACUUUAUGAAAUCUACGGUGGCAGAUUGGCAACCCCCAAGACCGUUCGUGUAUACACCUCUGCAUGGCGUGGGAGGGUUGGUCCUCCCAACACUGUGCCGCUCGCUUGGUAUCAACGACUUUGCGAUUGUUGCUGCCCAAGAGAAGCCCGACCCUGACUUUCCCACCGUCAGUUUCCCCAACCCAGAGGAGGUUGGGGCUUUGGACCUCGCCAUUGAGACUGCCAAUCAAGAAGGAAAGACCUUGAUCAUCGCGAAUGACCCUGAUGCGGACCGCUUCGCUGUAGCGGAGAAAGUCGAUGGUAACUGGCAUACUCUGACUGGGAACCAUGUUGGUGUACUCUUGGCCUCGCAUAUCUUGGAUGGCUUCGACGCUGGCAGAGACUGGUCCCACGUUGCAGUGCUAACUACCACGGUGUCGAGUGGCAUGCUUGGAAAGAUGGCGGCUGCAAAGGGAAUCCACUUUGUGGAGACAUUGACAGGGUUCAAGUGGAUGGCCAACGUUGCACGAGAUCUGGAAAAUAAAGGAAAGACAGUCUGGUUUGCAUAUGAGGAGGCUCUGGGAUACAUGUUCCCGUCUGUGUGCUAUGACAAAGAUGGCAUCACGGCAGCUGCCGUUUUUCUCGCCGCGGAGGCAAAAUGGAGAGCGCAGGGGUUAACUGCAUAUGCCAAGCUACAGCAACUCUUCCGCGAGUUCGGCCAUCAUGAGACUCUGAACAAUUACUUCCGGUCCCCUGAUCCCCAGCUCACCACAAAGCUGUUCCAAGGAAUCAGAGGCAGUUCUGCUCUGGCAGAUAUGCAGUUUGGUCGGUUCAAAAUUUUGCGAUGGAGGGAUCUGACAGAGGGUUAUGACUCCAGCACUCCUGAUAACAAGCCUGAUCUGCCUGAAGAUCCGACAAGCCAAAUGCUUACAUUGUGGCUGGAGGGUGGUGUUCGCUUCACAUUCCGAGGUUCUGGGACAGAGCCAAAGGUGAAAUUCUACAUCGAGAGCUGUGGAGAUUCCCGCGAUGACGCUGUCAAGGCAGUCUGCGAUGCAUUCUUGACUAUCCGUGCUGAAUGGGUACAGCAGUUCACGCCUUCGAUGACAUACAGCAAGCAGCUUCCCACGUCGUCUGGUUAUAUUCUGGAUGUGGAAUGA